GAUCUUCUACUUGCAGCACCUGAAAGAGAUUUACAUAAUCAAGGCACGAUGGAAGAGCCGUACAAAGAUCCUGUAGCCGUAGACAUGGCAAACCCUCAGGAAGAGGUCUGCAAUGGUGGAUCCGCCGCCACUGAUGCAGUUGGGAAACUAGAGGGGGAGACCACUCCAAUUAUUUCACCAGAGACAUGGAGUGUCAGCACACCAAGCAUAACAAAGCGAUCCAUGUCCCCAAUGCUAACGAUACAAGCCACUCCAGUGGUGACUCCGGCUGCUGAGUCUCCCAACGGUGUUGCCCUGAAGGUUGCUACAACUGUGCUCCAGCCAAUCUGCUUGGGGGAGAGUCCAGUGGUAUUGCCAAUCCUUGCUGGACCAGCUGGACCUCAAGUCGGACAAUCAGGGGCCACUUCGUACCUGAUGACUAGUCAGGGUCCUGUGUCCCUACCUCUGGUCUUGGAACAACAAGUCCUCCAACAUUUGAAUCAUCAAUUGCUUCAACAAACGGCAACUUGUCCUGCCCUGCCACUGCAGAACAGCAUCCUGUGCCAAAACCCAUCUCUUGCUCUCGGAGCACCUCCAGUCCUAGACCAGAAAGGCACAAGUCCAGUGUUGGAUACUAGUCUACUGACUCUUCUUCAGAACCCUAACUUUGCAGCCAUCUUGCAGGACCUCUUCCCUGGCCAGGGCAACUCUCCUCCUACUUUCCACCCAGCGUCUUCCCCGCAAAUUGACCUUGGCUCUGCGUUCCUUCCUCCUCCACCUCUCUCGCAGCCCUACAGCUCUCCAUUAGCCCCUCUGGUGCCUCCAGCCACCUUGCUCGUCCCCUAUCCUGUUGUAAUCCCACUUCCAGUGCCUCUUCCAAUCCCAAUGCCAAUCCCAGUCCCGGUCUCCGCUUGCAAGGACUCCAAGGCAGAGGUAGAUGUCCCUAAACCGGCUUGUACUUAUAGCAAAAGCACCCAAACUUCACCUAGUGACAUCUCCCCUCAUUUUUCAUUUACCAGCAAGGAAAUGGCAGUAGUCCAACAGUCUCUUCACUCUUGCUCGUCCCCUGUAGUGACAGACGGAGAAGUGCUAGAUUUAUCCAUAAGGACACCUCAACCUUCAAUGUAUAUUGAUGUGCCACAAGGGAUCCAGCCGUUUCAGCAAGACAAUGUCCUUGAUUUGUCUAUACCUAGUAAAAGAAAGACAUGCAUCCAGACUUGUAGCACAUAUGGUCCGUUGGCCCCGGAGCGGGAGAGGGUGUGCCACCUGGGGGACGAUGUUAGCAGAGGGGCUUUGGCUCUUGGGGUUCUCCGGCCAGUAGACUGCACGCCGAAGCUAGACACCAAGCUGCUAAGUGGUUUAGCAUCUCUAGAGUUCAGCAGACAGCACAAGUGGGUGGUAGAUAGCGGUCACAGUCGGACAGUGGCAGGGGCGGUACAUGACUCUGCGCUCACCGGAAGUGGAAAUAUCGAGAUCGUCAGCACAUCGCAGACAGCCAAAGUCAUUGUGUCGGUCAAAGACGCCAUGCCCGCCAUCUUCUGCAGCAAGCUAAAAGGAUUAUCAGGCGUUUCUACAAAGAACUUUUCCAUCAAACGUGAUGCCAGUCAAGGGGGCUUUGCCGCACUUCCCAGGGUCCCAGGGGAUCAGCGAGGAGAAUCCAGUGACCCACUCAAAAAGAUCUCUAAAAACAGAGGAAUCAAACUGAAGAAAGUAAGCUCCCAGGAGAUUCAUAUCCUGCCCAUAAAGAAGCAGCGACUGGCUGCAUUUCUGCCCAGAAAAUAACACAUGCUCUCUUGCUUUCAGAGUGAGAAGGGAAAACAUGAGCAAUGAAAUGGCGACUGAGGUGUAGCUAGGUAAAUAACUACUUUGAAAAAAGCCGGUCUGAGAAAUUAAGCCUGGGUAUGAUGAUGAUAAAUGCAUUCCUGGCAGAAAUAAAGCCUAAAGCUUGUUCUCCAAGCUGUUCAAAUGAUUUAGACUGAUGCUGGCCGCUUCUGGUCUUACGGUUGGCAUUUGAUCCAUUCAUUAUAAAGCAAUCAGACGAAGUCGACAGGAAAAUGCUCCAAGUAUAAAAGAACCAAUCUGAACUGCCUAAACUGCACUACUACUGAGAUUGUUUUAGCAUUAACGCCAGACUCGACUCCCUUCCUAUGCAUUUUGAUUUCGGUCACACAUCCUCAUGAAUGAUUCAUCACGCGUGAUCUGCAUUGUCAUUAAUAUGCAUGAAAUCUGAUUUGAAACCUGGCCAGCUGUCAGUGAGAAACGCGACGUGUAGCACUGACAAAUUCUCGUCUGGCUAAUAUGCUGAAUUCUUGCCCUCCUCUCGCUGUUUACACUUGGAGUGCAAGACGUUUCCCAUUUUUGGUCCUAAUGAACUGUAGAAGGGAACCGUGAACUUUUGCUUCCCUAAUCACUGUAUUAAUCAGUGGGGCACUGGAGCGGAGCAUCCUCUUUGAAGAACACGAGGGGUAAGCAGUUAGCAUAGCAGCCUGAUAAUGACUUGGCAAAGCCCAGAUCUCGGUUUCAUUAAAUCUGAUGAUUGGAGGAAAUGGUUGUCAGUAGCAACAAAGCGUAGUUUUCAUCAGCAUCCCUUUGGGGGGUAAAAAGCCUCCCUUCCCCCCGCCCCAAACCAAAUUAAAACUAAAUAAUCAUUGGGGGUUUGUCCCUAACGACAGCAAAUCUGAGUGAAAUGGCUUAUUAAUGCUGUUUUUAUGACCGUGCGUUCAACUCAAAGUAAUUUUUUUAGGUUAUAGCCAGCCAGCUGUGUGAACACACAAGUAGAGUUUCACUUGCAACAGUGUACAGAUUUUAAUGAUCCUAAUAUACCUUCAGUGUUUUAGAUGGCUAAUUUACCGACAAUGGAUGUGAAGAGUACAAAUUUAUACAUCUAUCCCUCAGCAAGCAUUAAGAUCAGUUCUUUCUCGGGUAAGCCUGGUUUUCUUUAUACAUGUUACUUGUCACGUUGUGCAAAAUUCAUCGGUGUACGAUAAUCCUUGUUUUUUUUUUAUCUUUGAUGAAAAUGAAGAACUUGGGUGAUGUCAGCAAAGUUGCACAAGCAAUUGGCUAAUAUUAAGGCUAUUUAGUCAAUGUUAAAGCUACUGUUGCUAAAAGAUAAUGCAGAAUAUUUAAUGCCAAGUAACAUUACAGGAUAAAAGGUCAUGGCAAUAAUGAUAGAAUUAGAAGUGUUACCAUUUGAAUAUGUGGAGAUGCUCGAGGGUGAACUUGACCUUCAGUCCCAGUCAAAACCCCUCUUCAAAAGUGUGUGAUAGUGAUUGUUACAACCCAUUGCAAACGCCCCUUUAGGUCUAGCCUAAUUCCCCUGCUUUUCAUGAUUUUCAAAUACAUUUCUCAUGGAUAAAAUGAAGUGCCACUCUUUUUAAAAAAAUUUUUUACUUUAAAGCAUUCAAAAAUAAUUUGAUUGUGGAUUAUGAAUGCUGCUUUAUGGCACAGAAUCAGUGUUUUUGUUGCUUUCAUGUGGCUGGUGGUUAGAUUGAUAGCAUGAGGGCGUGUAUUGAACCACAGGUUUCCACCCUCUCAUUAACCUCUUGAUCAUCUCAGUUUAGUAAUCAUCUUAUUAAAACUGUGCUACAGCUGACAGACUCCACAUCACAAACUCAACACUGAAUCAGACAAAUUAGCCCCAUAAGUGCAUACAGUAUAUAAAACCCAUUUUAUUUAAGAUAAAAAUUGUGAUUUUUCAUGACUACUAAACACAUUUCUCUCUCAUUAUUCUGUGUCUAGAUGGUUAUAUAUAUAAGUGCCACUUGAUUUACUGAGUUCACUCCUGUUGUUCAAAUGGAUAUUUUGUAUAAAGUUCACAAAAUGGUCAAGAACAUGCCAACAAGUCAUAUUGCAUCCAAAAAAGAAAAGAUCUAAACGAAAUUAGAUUUUGCUUUAAGUAGAUUAAUAGAAACUCUUUUCUAAACCUAUUUUGGAGGACCUUUUUUGGCUUUUUUUCAUUACGAUAGUUAUCAUAAAACCAUUUUCCAUCAUAAUAAGAAAUUAUAUGUAUGUGUAUAUAUAUAUUACAUUUCUCAAUAUCAGUUACUGUGUUUAGUUGAUCACAAAAUGACUAAUAUAUAUAUUUUUUUUAAUUUAAAGCAGCAUUAAAGUUAAAAUACUGCCAAAAUGUAUAAAUCCUUUACAAUUUUAAUUGAUCCUUUUUUGUGCAUUUAUAAUUACAAGAAUUUGGAUGGAAAAUGGUGUUUAUGAUAAAUUAUAUGCAUGCAAAAAAAUUCAGAUCGGACUGAAUUAUAUUCAUUUUCUUAAAAUUAAUAAUAAUAAAUAAAAUUCUUAAAUAAAUAUAAUUUAUUUUAGAUCUUUUAAUAUUUGGGUGCAUGUUCUUGGCCAUUUUUGUGACUUUACCCAAAAUAUCCUUUAUAACAACAGGAGUAAACUCAGUAAAUACGAUGUGAUUCUAUUUAAGGUGUUGUAUUUCAUACUUCAUGCAAGUUCACCCCAUCUGUAAGAUCCUCUCCACAGUCAAACCAACACGAGUCUCAUUUGGUCACACGUGAAGAUUCUGUGUAAAAUAAUUUAUUGUUUUUACUAAGUCAGUACCAAUAUGAUGCAGUGGCUCAGAAGAGACUUCAUUCCACGUUCAGCAGAAUCAAAAUGAACUUCAAGACACCAUCAGUGGUGUGCACAGAAAGAUAGAUAAAAGCAAGGCAGGAUUUAUUUGACAUGUCAGUAUGAAAUGUGCCGUCUCGUGUUUGCGUGUUUGCUUAUAGGAAUUCUUUCAGAAGGAAAACCAGGAAGGCGUCUUUUAUAGUUCACAUUGAGCCAGGAAAGGUUUUCAUGUAGAACUUUCCCAAACGAUCAGCUUGACAGAUUUCUUCCAUUUUCAGAGUUGAUUCAAGUAUUGGGUUUUAGAGUUCACACCAAAUACAUCUGAUGAACUGCUGUGCAAAUUUACUUGUUUUCUUUUUCUUUUUCUUUUUUAAUGUCAGCACUAAAGUGUGUUAGUCCUUAGUUUUUGUCUAGUUUUCCUGUACAAAUAUCUAAACCUUCUUAAAUCAAGAUUUAAUGACUUUGUUUAAAACAAGUUAUCUGCCAAUGGAGCAAGAGAAAUAAACGUGUUCUUUUAAAUAGGCUUAUUUUUCUUAACUCUUUGGUUUUUGGUAUAAGCAAAGUCUCACUAAAUUUGGAUAACUUUUUCAAAACACAAAUUCAAUGCAUCUUAUGUAAGAAUGUAAGACUUCGUCAAAAUUUCGCAGUUGUAAAUCAUUUUCCAGCAUGUGAUAUUAGCAUGCAGUAUAUUCUCACUUUUCUCAGAUUUUCACAAUAAACAGUUAGCAUGAACACCUAGUUUAAUGAAUAAACAAUAACCGUUUCUAUGAUAUGAAUUAAUUUGUGUUGAGACGACCCUGAAAUUUUAAGUAUUUAAGUAUGAGUUUUUUUUAACAUCAAGAGCUUUUGUGAACCACUGAAUGGGUAAAAGAAUGAAACCGAGUCUGGUGAUGUUUUAAAUUAUUUAUUUAUUAUUUGUAUCGUUGAAAAUGUGUACGUGACGAAUUGCAUUAGCUUUAAAAAGUUCAUGAUUAAAAACGUCUCUGGUAUCAAGAUCCAA